AUGAUUUUGCUGUAUUUUCUAAUCGAAACACUACGAGCCAGCAAUCCGGAAGAUCGUUGUUUGGAAACAAUCGACCCGGGACCGUGCCAAGUUUAUCAAAUGAAAUGGUUUUGGGAUGAGAGUGACGGACAGUGCAAAGAAUUCACGUAUGGAGGAUGUCUCGGCACUAAAAAUAGAUUCAACACGAAACAGGAAUGCAUCAAGGUGUGCCGAUACAAAUUGUUCAAUCCCGCUGCUGUGCCUGAUCUUUGUCUUCUCGAGGUCGAUCAUGGACAUUGCUCGGAUGAACGAAAUGGACAGUGGUGGUAUUGGUUCAAUUCGGAUUCGGGUGAAUGCGAGAAAUUCUUCUACUAUGGAUGCGGGGGAAAUGACAAUAAAUUCUACUCGAUUCAUUUAUGCCGAAAAGUUUGCGGAGAACGAUUAUCCCCACAAAUUGCUUGUGAUCACUGUGAUUUGAGGACAUCGUAUUGCAAGGGAAAUUCGAAAUACAAUUACACAUGCGAGUGUCGAACGGGAUUUCAGAGAAACACACAUGGAGAAUGCAUUGAUAUCGAUGAAUGUCGAGGUUUCACAGCGGUUUGCGAUAAAAAUGCCUGGUGCACGAAUACGGUUGGAGGAUAUCAAUGCGAGUGCAUGGCCGCGUAUCGAGGAGAUGGAAAAACGUGCACAUAUGUGGGAUUGGGUCGAUCAACGUUGAAUUGUGACGAAUGCUCUCCAAAUGCCACUUGUACAUCGGGUGUUUGUCAAUGUAAAAAAGGAUUUCAAGGAGAUGGCUUCAAUUGCACAGAUGUGAACGAAUGCCUCCGAUCACCGUAUGUUUGUGAUAAAAACGCGGAAUGUCACAAUACGGAUGGAGGGUUUAUGUGUGAAUGUUUAGAGGGAUACGCGGGAAAUGGAUACAAUUGUACGAAAGAGAAAAACUCAUGUCUCGACAAAUUCGACCGUGGCUACGAGACGACUUGUGGAGGGGAAAAUUGGAGAGAGAAUUAUUAUUUUGAUCAUCAAGCAAGAAGAUGUGCUCUUUUUUGGUAUGAUGGAUGUGAGGGAAGAUCGAGAAAUAUUUUCUCUCAUCUUCGAACAUGCGAACAAUUGUGUGAAGAAACGAAUGUACUCACGAGAGCUGAGAUUUGCUGGGACAAAUUCGAUAUGAAUUAUCGAAAUCAGUGUUUGAAUGGCCGUUGGGAGCCUCGUUUUUAUUUCGAUCACGCCUCAUUGACGUGUCGACAAUUUUGGUAUGAUGGAUGUCGAUCGGAUAGUCGAAAUUUGUUCGAUGACAUGCUCACAUGCCAAUGGCUUUGUGAGGCUCAGCCGAUGUACAAAUCGAAGUCAUGUCUUGAAGAUUUCGAUCCUCGUUUCAAGGAUUCGUGUAUGGGUGGAAGAUGGAGACAACAAUGGUAUUUCGAUAAAGCUAAUAAGCAAUGUGUCCCCUUUUGGUUCGAUGGAUGCAAAGGUGAUGGAGGGAAUAUAUUUGAAGAUGAGCAAUCAUGCCUUGUCACUUGCGAACAACCUGCCAAAAAAGAUCCCAUCAAGCCAUGGCACAAAGGGGAAAAGAAGAAAAUGAAAGAGAUCGUCAGUCCGAAUCCCGUUUUCAAGCCCAACUCGAGUAAUAUCUGUGAAACGAAUAAUCCAUGUCAAAACAAGGCCACUUGUCAUUUCUCUCAUCGAAAGAACUCAUAUCAUUGUCGAUGUACACAAGGAUGGACAGGGAGAAAUUGCACGGAACAAGCCGAUUUCGAUCCUUGUUCCUCAAAUCCUUGUCAAAACGGGGCCACAUGUCAGGCGAAAACCGAAAAAGGAACCACGAUAUUUGAGUGUUAUUGUGCGAAAGAUUUCGGUGGACCAAGCUGUGAUCAGAAGCCUUGUGCGAAAAACCCUUGUCACAACAAUGGAACGUGUCGAACAACGCGAAGUCUCGAGCUGUAUUUUUGUGAUUGUUUGCCCGGAUUUGGAGGAAGAGAUUGUGAUGUUGCAAUCGGCCAAUCUCCGCCGGAAACUUUUGGGAAAAAUGUGGACAUGGUUUCUUCAGGAAGAGCUGAAUGGGUUAAUGAAAUGAAACUUCGUUUCACACAAAAGAAGAAAAAUCCCGAUGGGAAAUCGGAUGGGAAAAAUGAAAAAAAAGAGAAAGAAAAGGAAAAGGAAAAGACAAAUUCCGAUGAACCGUACAAAGAACCGAUCGAUAAAAUAGGGAAUUUGAGUGGAGGAGAAGUGAAGGAAAUGACGGAAAAAGAAAUGGUUGACAAUGAGAUGGAAAAGGGACAGAACGAGCCUCAUCUCUCCGUUUCUUCGAAUCAGACCGCUGAAAAAGUCGACAAAAAUGUCUCCGAAAAUCCCCGUAUUCUUUCAUAUUUUCUCGUCUUUUUCAUUGCUAGGCUUCUG